AUGCGUACGAUGACGCCACAGCGGAUCUCGACGCGGUCCAUCGGGUCGGAAGCCAGCUUUGACUCCCGGCAAGGACGUCCCAGGCACGUCGGAGAGCCCCGGCUACAAAACACACGCCGGUCGGCCUCCCUCCGCAACCGCAUGGUCACGACGCCGCAGUCCGGGGGAUACGCGCGGUCAGACUCGCGCCGGCUGCUCGAGCAGAGCCGCACGAGUGUUUCACGCCGCGGCCCGGGGAGCGACCUGCGCCGCAACAGCUCCAAGCGGCUGACCACGGAGCUGCGCGAGCGCGAGCCCUCGGGCCGGCACCUCGACGCGCGAGCGCCCGGGGCUGACGACUCGGAGCGUCGCGCGCGCCCGGAGCGGGUGGUCUCGCGCGGGAAGGGCGCGUCCUGGGCGGCAGCGGACGCGGACCUCCGCGGGUCGCACCAAGCCGCGCGUGUCCUGGCGGCUUCGCGCGCAAGCGGGUCGGACCUGUCCGAAGAGCGCGUCGCGCACAAGCGGGACUCCGGGCGCGACCUGCUCGGCGCCGGCACCGUGCCGCGGUCCCGGACACCGAGCAACCUUGCGCGCAGCGUCACGCAGGCGCGCUCCGCCGGGCACUCCGGGCGCGGCCAGUCGCGUGACUCCGAGGAGGGCUUCUCGAGCAGCAUCCGGCGCGCGCCGUCGCGGUCGCGCGACCAGAUGACGCCCGGCUCCGUCAGCCAGUCCCGUAGCACCAUCACCCGACAGCGGUCGCGUCAGCGCUCCGCCGUCGACAUCGAGCGGAUGGAGGAGGCGCUGGGCAUCAAGCGCGAGCCGCAGCAGGUGUCGUCGCAUCGCGGCACGCUGCGGGACGAGUUCGAGGACCGCGGGGCGAAGGCUGUGCGAUACUCGGACACGCACAUGGCUGGUGGUGUUGGUGUGCGGUCGCUGGGGAACACGCCGGCGGGGUCCGGCGGACGGUCGCUGCGGCGGAACCAGUCGCAGCAGAACGACAGCGACGACGACGACCCGGCGCGGUCGCACGGGCAGCGGUCGCGCACGGAGCGCAGCGCGGGCGGGCCGGCGCUGCGGCCGUCGGCGGGCAGCAGCGGGCGGCGGCUGCUGCGGGCGGGGUCGUCCGCGGGGCGCACGCUGUCGUCGAGCGUCGGGCGGUCGUCGUGGCGCACGGGCACGAGCGGGCGCCUGACUGCGGGGGACUCCCCCACGCGGCACUCGCACGCGGCGGAGGUGGACGGGUUCGCGGACCCGGGGGGCGUCACGGACUCGGACGAGCUCAACGACGAGGAGCGGGACGCGGUCGACGUGCACGCGGUCGUGCUGAGCACGUUCAAGAGGUACAACAACGUCGACGGGGAGGACUACUCUGGAACUGACGCGGAGCACCAGUCGGCCGGACUGAGCGCGGUGAGCGAGGGCGAGGAGCACAGCCAGGGCUUCAUGACGCCGAAGGGGUCGCGCGCAGCCCGCUCUGUCGCAAGGGUGACAGGCGGCACAGACGCCGCCAGUGCCAGCACUGGCGCUGACUCCCGCGCCACAGAGGGCGGGCAGCAGACGACCGGUGGGCGGCUCCUGCAGUCGAAGAAGCAAGUGACGUACGCGCGUACGCGUUCGGGCGGCGCUGCGGCGGAACGACAGCAGAUUCAGAGGCCGACGGGGACUCGCAGCCAUGCGUCGGGGCCAGAGGACCCGUGA